AUGCCCUGCCAAGCAGAACAAAGCAGCUCUCUUAGCCCAAGUGUAAAGGCUAUACAGACAGCUGCUAAGCUGCAGAAGCCACAGGUGAGGUUGCUGAGUACCCAGAGUCCUCCAACAGCUAAAAUUACUAACAACUUCCUCACUACCAUGAGCACAAACUUGUCCAAGGAUAAUAAUACCCAUCCCAAUGUCACCUUCUCUGAGCCACUAUGUGGAGCCACGGUGCUCCACAUGCUCCUAUACUCUGUGAUCUGUGCUAUAGGCCUAAUUGUUAACUUGGCUAUCAUUUAUGUGAUCCUGAGGGCACCAAAGAUGAAAAGAAUAACUAAUGUGUUUGUCCUGAGCCUAACUAUUGCUGAUGGGCUCUUUGUGCAUGUUCCCACCAAUAUCACUGAGUACCUGCUACAGCCAUUCUGCAAACUGGUGCUGACCACUGACUACUACAUCUUCUCCAGCAUCUACUUCCUGGUUGUGAUGAGUAUGGACUGCCACUUAGUGGUACUGGCCACUGUGCAAUCUUGCCAAUUGCAGGCACGCCUAGAGGGAGCAAAAGUUGUGGCACCCAGUUGUGGGCUAAGUUUCCUGAGACCAGAGUGGCCCUGGUUUCAGGCCAGCCACACAUAUACAUUGGUUCUUGGCUUUGCAAUGCCAUUGUGCAUCAUCUGCAUGUCAUAUGUAGACCAGUGGUACAGACUUCAUACCAUGAAGCUCCACUCUGGCAUGAAGGUUCUAGGCAAGGCCAAGAGGAAGGUGACUGUCCUGGUCCUCACUGUGUUGUCCAUGUGCUGCUUUCUUUGCUGGAUGCCCUUUCAUCUGGCCUCUGUGGUAGCGCUGACUACAGGCAUGCCCCACACAUCCCUGGUUAUCGUUAUCUCCUAUGCCAUCACCAGCCUCAGCUAUGUCAACUCAUGCCUCGAUCCUUUCAUGAACUCAUUCCUGAAUGACAAAUUCCACAAGAAUUUCUGUACCAUAACCCUGCUUCAGGAGGCCUAA